AGCAAGUGAAGAAAGUAAGUUUAAGACUUAUGUGCACAUGAUGAUGAAGGAAAAAUUACAGGGGCCCCUGUUUUUGUCGAAUUCUUGACACGGUUUAUAUAAUGAAAACUUUGUAUCCAAGGGCUGUCAAAUUCAAUCUAGUAUUAUGGUGUGAGCAAAUAGGAUAUGUAUCGAUAGGCAUUUUCUAAUAUCUUUGGCAAAUCAAAUAGGGAUAGGUAAGAAAUUGGAGGAUGAGUUGGCAGCGGAGAGGGACUAUUGCUUUAGUCUCUCUGCAUAGUUGGCAGCGAGUCAAUGUUGUGAGCUAUGUGUGUAGUCUUGGAGGUUUCUUCUCCUGCAGCUAUUUGCAGCUUCUAGGAGCUUUAGAGUUUAGAUUGGUUCUAGAUUUUGGUGAGAUUCUUAAGAUUUGAGGAUCUAUAAGGUUGUUUGUCUUGAGGAAUGAUGUGUUGGAGGAUUCAUCUAUGUCUGCUGGUUGCUUUAGUCCAAGUUUUUGGUAUAGCCGCAUGGACAUAUACAGAUGAUUUUGUUGCUCUGAAGUCUUUGAAAGACGAAUGGGAAAAUGUACCACCCAAUUGGGACGGAGAUGAUCCUUGUGGACAUAAUUGGGAUGGAAUUAGCUGCAGCGAUACUCGUGUUAUUUCCAUCACAUUGGCCAGUAUCAAUCUAAGUGGUCAUCUAUCAUCAGACAUCAAGGGAUUGUCAGCAUUGGAGACUCUGGAUCUAUCAUAUAACAAAGGGAUGACCGGUCCACUUCCUUCAUCAAUUGGAAAUUUGCAGGAAUUGUCGAGCUUAAUUCUAGUUGGUUGCGGAUUUUCUGGUCCAAUACCAUCCUCAAUAGGAUCUCUACAACAGUUGGUUUACCUGUCACUUAAUUCAAACAAGUUUGUUGGUGAGAUACCACCUUCCAUUGGUAAUUUAUCAAACCUUUAUUGGCUGGAUUUGGCUGAUAAUAAGCUUAGUGGAACCAUCCCCGUCUCCAAGGGAAGCACACCUGGUCUUGAUAUGCUUGUCCACACAAAGCACUUCCAUUUUGGAAACAAUCAGCUGUCUGGUGAAAUACCAUCUCAGCUGUUCAGCUCAAAGUUGACUCUUAUACAUUUGCUGCUCGAAAGCAAUCAGCUAAGUGGAAACAUCCCUUCCUCAUUGGGGCUUGUGCAGACUCUGGAAGUUGUACGGCUAGAUAGGAACUCUUUAAGUGGAUCUAUUCCGGAAAAUCUAAACAACCUUACAUCUGUCCAAGAGCUGUACUUGGCAAGUAAUAAGUUGACUGGACCUUUACCCAACCUAACUGGCAUGGAUUUGCUAAAUUAUGUGGAUUUGAGCAACAAUCCAUUUGAUGUAACGGGUAUUCCCCCAUGGAUUUCAUCUUUGCCGUCUUUGACUUCGUUGAUACUGGAAAAUACGCAUGUUGAAGGGCAACUUCCAGUUUCUUUGUUUAGUCUUUUUCAGUUGCAAACUGUUGCACUAAAGAACAAUCGCAUCAAUGGUACAUUGAACAUUGGCUCCAAUUAUAGCAACCAACUGCAGCUGAUUGAUUUACAGAACAAUUUUGUUGACUCAUUUGCUCAGCGAGGUGGUUAUGGUCCCCAAAUUAUACUCGUGGGAAACCCAAUAUGUGAUGAAGGAGGAACAGAGAGUUACUGUGUUGUGCCUCCGCAGACUAAUUCCUCAUACUCAACACCACCAGAAAAUUGCACACCUCUUCCCUGUGAUUCUGAUAAAACUGCAAGCUCAACUUGCAAAUGUGCAUACCCGUACUCAGGAAACCUGUUUUUCCGGUCUCCAUCUUUCUCCAACUUUGGAAACUCCACUAUUUUUGCAUCUCUUGAGGAGAAAUUGAUGGCUACCUUCAUGUCUCAUAGUCAACCUGUGGAUUCAGUUACCGUGAGUAACCCAACGAAAAACGAAGUUGGCUACCUUGUAUUGGAUCUACAAGUUUUUCCAUCUGGUCAGGAUCAUUUCAACCGAACUGGGAUUUCUCGAAUUGGGUUUAUCCUAAGCAAUCAAACUUUCAAGCCACCACAUGUAUUUGGACCCUUCUAUUUCAAUGGCAACAACUAUCCAUAUUUUGCAGAUGUGACUGGGGGGUCACACAAGUCACCAAGUACCAGCAUAAUCAUUGGAUCAGCAGUUGGUGGAUCUGUCCUCUUUUUGUUGUUACUUCUUGCAGGAGUUUAUGCUCUGCGUCAGAAGAGAAGAGCUGAGACAGCUGUAAAAAAGAAUGAUCCUUUUGGAUCCUGGGACCCAAGUACCAGGAGUGGUGGAGUUCCUCAGUUAAAAGGAUCCAGAUGUUUCUCAUUUGAAGAACUUAAGAAAUGCACAAAUAACUUCUCCGAAAUGAAUGGUAUUGGAAGCGGUGGCUUCGGAAAGGUAUAUAGAGGAACUCUUCCCAAUGGACGACUAGUUGCCAUUAAAAGAGCUCAGCAAGGAUCAUCACAGGGUGGUCUAGAGUUCAAAAAUGAGAUUGAGCUUCUCUCAAGGGUUCAUCACAAGAAUCUUGUCAGUCUAGUAGGAUUUUGUUUUGAUCAGGGUGAACAAAUGUUGGUCUACGAGUAUAUGAUAAACGGCACUUUAAAGGACAGUCUUACUGGGAGGUCAGGGAUCAGGUUAGAUUGGAUGAGAAGACUUCGAAUAGCUCUGGGAGCAGCCAGAGGGGUUCAAUAUCUGCAUGAUCUAGCAGAUCCUCCCAUCAUACACAGGGAUAUCAAAUCCAACAAUAUUUUGCUGGACGAACGCCUGAAUGCAAAAGUAGCAGAUUUUGGUCUUUCUAAGCUUAUGGGUGAAACAGAAAGCGGUCAUGUUACUACUCAAGUCAAAGGCACAAUGGGAUACUUGGAUCCUGAAUAUUACAUGACACAGCAAUUGACUGAAAAGAGCGACGUGUAUAGCUUUGGAAUAGUGCUAUUGGAACUUUUGACUGCAAAAAGUCCUAUAGAAAGAGGCAAAUACAUUGUUAGGGAAGUGAAGGUAGCAAUGGAUAAGACCAAGGAAAUGUACAACCUUCAGGGAGUUCUCGACCCGAUAGUUGCCGCCAAUAUGGCACCAGGUAGUGUCGAAAAGUUUGCUGAUCUGGCUCUGAGGUGCGUUCAAGAAUCGGGCUUAAACAGGCCAAUGAUGAGUGAGGUGGUUAAAGAGAUAGAGAACAUCAUGGAAUUGGCUGGUCUGAAUCCUAAUACUGAAUCUGCAUCAGCUUCGGAAAGCUAUGAAGAAGCAAAGAAAGGUUUUGAACAUCCUUAUACUAAUGAAAGUCUGUUCGCCUACAGUGGGGGUUAUACUCCUUCAAAGUUAGAACCAAAGUAGAGUCGCUUUAUGCUGGACAUAAACGUUUGUGUAAAUUUCAUUUCAAGAUUUGCUGCCUGCAUUUUUCUGAUUAGAGUGGUGUGUAAUGUGUAUUGACAUAUUCGGUGAGCAAUGUGGUAAUUCAAGAACUUGUUUCUUCUUUCUCUUGA